AUGCCAAGUGUGGCUGUAAAACUCUACAGCAUAUUCUUUAAGUUCCUCUUGAAGCACCGUUUACAAAACCGGAUUCAAGCCCAACCCGACAAUAACUCCAACUCGUUUGGUAUCACUUCACGACCCGAAGAAUCCGUCGCUAACUCUAACCCUUCUUUUACCGACGACGUCGCCACCAAGGAUAUCCACAUCGAUCCUUUCACUUCUCUCUCUAUCCGAAUCUUUCUUCCUCACUCCGCUCUUUCUCCUCCUGAGCCUCAUUCCAAACCUAACUCCAAACCUAAACAACAAGCUCUCGAACCUGGAUAUGUACGGAGAAGUAGCUAUGGUCCUCCGUUCAGGGAAGAGAAGCUCCGAGGGAGGAAUAGUAACGCUGUUGAGGGUUUGAAUUUGAUGGGCGCUGGUGUUGAAACCGGUGCCGGUUUGUACCGUGGUUACUCGCUGGCGUUGGAUAAUCGGCGGAGGAAAUUACCAGUGAUGUUGCAGUUUCAUGGUGGGGGGUGGGUUAGUGGUAGUAAUGAUUCGGUGGCGAAUGAUUUGUUUUGUCGGCGGAUCGCCAAGCUUUGUGAUGUGAUUGUCGUUGCGGUUGGGUAUAGGUUGGCGCCGGAGAGUAGGUAUCCGGCUGUGUUUGAGGAUGGGUUGAAGGUGUUGAAUUGGUUGGCCAAGCAGGAGAAUUUGGCCGAGUGUAGUAAAUCUAUGGGGGUUGGUGGAGGAAGCCAUGGUGGUGGUGGUGGUGGGGAGUUUAACAAGGAUAAUCAUAGGCAUAUUGUUGAUUCUUUUGGUGCUUCAGUGGUGGAGCCUUGGUUGGCUAGUCAUGGAGAUCCAACAAGUGGUUUGUUAAGUUCUGAUACUCUAUACUGCCACUCACUGGCGGAGCCAGCGUCCGGCCAGCUAGGGCAGCUGCCCAGGCUCGGCCGCCUCGAAUCACUUUCAUGGAACCUCUCCCUCAAUACGAUGAACAAGACGACAACUCUUUCACUUUUCACUGCCUCCAAUGAACUUGAAGAAGAGCAGUGGAAUAAUUUGCAGUGGACACUUAGUUUGAUUCCGUUGAUUAAAGCAUUGCAGCUCAUGCUAUCUUUCCUCUUCUGGUAUUCAUGCUUCAAUUUCAAGGCAUGCUCUUUGUGGAUGUCGUUUGGUGUAUAUGUAACUGGUGUGCUCUUUCAGACAGCUGCUUUUGUCUCCUUUUUGCUUAUUUCUCAUGGUUAUUGUAUAAUGUGCGAGCACCUUUCUUUAAAUGAACGUCGUUCCACUGCCGCACUUGCAUGUGUCUUUUACUUGACUCUAGUUGGUUACAGGGCUUCUGUUCCAUACUUCACAGUAAGUUUCUUAGAUGGUCGUUAUAAUAUGCAAUUCGAUUGA